AUGGGUCUUGAAAAGGUUGGUCCCGUAGCUGCAACAGCUCCUGCUCUUGAAGAGUUCCAGAGUGUUCUGGAUCAGCGGCGCAGGAGGUUGAGCAUCAAGCAGAUGGCGGAUGAACGAAAGAGCGGGCAGGGCAAGGUUAGACGGCUCCAAUUCUGCUUAGCAGAAGCUGCGCGGCACUUUGUCCGUGGGGCCCUUCGUCGUGCCAAGGUCAUGGCGAUCCACCAGGAUGCUCGCGGCGACGUCCUGCUAUCACGUUUCGUGCUGUCUGAUCAGAAGCUACGCAUCGUCCGCGGCUCCUUGCCCUACCCCAAGAAGCAUCAAUCCACCGGCGAUGGCCUUGCAAAGGCCACGGAGACCUCUCUCCAGAUGAUUUGCACUCCCUAUCUGGGAGCCCCGCCGAGCAGUUUCUUGGAUAGCAUCAUUCUGGCAAGAGGUCAGAUGGAUGUGUUGCUGAAACAGCAGCCUGACCAGCAGCUGCUACAGCACGUCAAAUCCAUUGUGGAGAUCUUGGAUGGAGACGGUUGCCCUGCACAGCAGCAGAGCCUGGAGAUCAUUGGGCGCACCCUCCCGAGUCUGAAGAUCAGGGUCCAGGAUCCGACGCACUCCACGCGGAGGACCUCGGGUGGGGGCCGCAGCCGCGAGGAUCGCCCGGAGCUGCUGCGCAACUACUUGCGGUCGCGCAUGAGCAUCCUUCAAAGGGACCGCGAGGGCGCCGAUGCCUCCUUCGAUAUCUGCUCCUGGGUCUUCGAGAAUGCCAGCUGGUACAGCUACAAGAAGUUCUUCGAGCAGAAGAACAAGGAGCCCAUCUUGACGCGGCAGGAGGUAAGCAAGGGCGCGAGUGCUUUGGUGGCCACGUUUCUCCAAGCCGAGAUCCUUGGGUAUCACUUGUCAUACUUUCUCUUGAAAAUUGAGCUGUUCAACGAAAAGUUGACGCAGGAGCAGCUCCAGCAGGUGAGAUCGGCCUACAUGACAGCCACAGGCGCGGUCGAGCACAGCCUUCCGAACAGGGCCAUCGGAGACGGGGAGGCGGAGGUGGAGGUUCCCUCUGGAGAGACGGGUGAUCUUUCGAGCCCAGUCAAGAAAGCCCGGUUCCUGCCUGCGCUGGCUGAAGAGGUGGCGUUGAAGCUGACGGAGGGCCUGCACCAGGUGACCUUCCGCUUCAAAGACGGCAAGCCCUCGAAGGUGACCGCGGAGUACAUGGUCUACAUGCCGUACGGGGAGGUCAAGCACGUGCUGGUGUAUCUCUCGACACAGGGGGACUUCGAUCUGGAGGGAAUGCAGUUGGACUGGCUCAAGCAGCAAGGUGUAUGCAUCAUCAAGCCUGGGGUCAACGUCCAGAACCGGGCAGGUGCAUACACGAUGAAGCCACCGCGGUGGCUCUUUGCCUUCUUGAUGGAAGCCAGCUGCUUGAAGGCGGUGCCCUUCCUGGUGGCUGCAUACAGCCGAGGGGCGCAUUGGGCCACAGAGAUCUGCCAAAAGUGCGAGCCUCGGGAGAUGCUGUGGAGGCACUCGGAUGAGGGGCCUUGGACCUCGGUGUGGCACACUGGCGAUGUGGUGGACCGGCUGCUCUGCGUUGGUCUGUAUGCCACUGCUGGCCUCAGCCCCGAGGAGGUCCAGGAUCGGGGCAAGUCUCUGCGAACAGAGAUCUACAUCGUCAACUCGCUGGACGACGAUGUGAGCCCCUUCGGGCAGAUCGAACCUUUCCUGCAGGGCGUGCAGGAGAGGUCGGGCUACGGCUACUUCAUCGUUCGCUGCAGGAACAUGGCUCACGCAGACCUGCACGAGCUCAUGUUCUGCGGCGACUACGUGGAGACGCAGAAGUUUCGCAAAGCCUGCAAGAUCUGGAUCUACUCGCGGCCGCUGAAGGCCGACAAGUUCCUGGACGACACAAUGGAGAAGCUGGUCAUGGGCAAAACUGCUGUGGUCAAAGCGGCUGCCUACAGCCUUCCCUUCAAGAACCUGCUGGAGGGCUUCAUCAAGACCAUGGAGGACCGUUCCACAAACGCUGUGCGGAAUUUCAGCCUGGCGAAGCAACGAUUCGAAUCCUCCUACGAGCCCAUGCUUCGUCUGACGCUGUUCCUGGAAGCCUUCAUCAUGGCGGCGCAGCAGAUCAUCAGGAACAACAGCUCCGAGGAGACCGCUGUGUGCAACAGCUUCCUGCAGCUGCUGACCGAGGAGAGGCUCCUCACCCUUGCGAUGCUCGGAGAUGCCUCGGCAUGCAUUCUCAGACUGACCCGCUUCUUGGAUAGUGAAGAGCACGACAUCAGCGGCGUCGCCGACCAGUGCCUCGAAUGUGCCAACUCGUUGCACCAUUUGUUUGCUGAUCAGGCGUGUGAUGACAACGGACUGACUCGACACAUGCUGGCCCGUCUCGAGCGGCCUCUUGUCUGGCUUUUCAAGGACGGCACGGCAGGUAGUGUGGGUGGCAAUCCGGCAAAAACCAGAGAUGCACUCGCAAAAUGCCGUCCAAGAUUUCUUGCAUACACAAAGUUGGCAUUGCAAACUCUCAUGGCAGAGUUUCCUUCUUUCGGCUGCCUCAUGGCUUUUCGAGCCUUCCAGCUUGGUGUUGGUGGCUGCAACAGCCGCAAGCGCAAGAAUCCAACGGGUCCCGGAGCCCAGACACGUCAGGAGUGUGUGGAGAGGCUUGCUUUACUAUGCGACUUGCCCAAGGACACAUUGCUGGAACAGCUCGAGGCCCGAAGCAAAUCGGACCAUCGACCAGCUGCCCAGGCAGUCUACAACUCGACUGACGUCGACACCUUUGAUGCCUGGAAGCGGGCAUGGUUGUCAUAUGAGAAUGCGAGUGGUGGCCGCAAGAGACACCCAGGAGAUGUACUGGGCGAAGCACUGCAGAGGUUUGGUGCCUAUAACGGAUGCACUUCAUCUGGCGUCGAACAGUCGUUUGGCAAGCAGACGCAGCUUUUUGGAAAGCAGCGACUGCGAAUGCUCGAAUCCACCGCCAAUGAUGAGAACGCCCUUUGCUUGGAUGCAUUGGUGGAUGAUGCGAAGCUGUGCCAUCGUGCCCGUGUGAUUUGGACUCACUUGCAGUAUGGCAAACCGCGCAAAAUGAAGUCGGACUCGCGGAUCACCAAGGGCAUGACUCGGAAGAAGACCAAGAAAGACUUGUCCAUCAAGGCAUGGCGCGAUGCCUCCCAGAAAAAAGUUCUGAAGGAAGUGCGCAGCAAGGGGCCGUUGAAGAGCGUGAAGCAGCUUCAUGGAAAGAUUCGAUUUGCCAGAGGCAGUUCGGCCUGGACGAGUGGUCAUGAAACCGAAGCCGCAUUCCAAGAGCGCAAACUGGACAAGAAGUUUCUAGAUGCCGCAUUGGACAAGAAGCUCCUGCAGGACGAGCAGACCAAAGUGGCUGGAACAGCCUUGCAGGUACAUGCCAAAGCACGCGAGGCCAAGCGGCGCGAGCAGGAAAAAGAGGCCCGCAAGAGGCAGGACUUGGAUAUGCGCAGACCACGGAUCCUGAGUCUUGGAGCCGCUGUCCGGGGCAAGGUCGUUGCGGUGGAGAAAGAGCUGUCGCUGCCUGCAAAUGCGCUGGUUGGCUGCCAGGAGGUGGAACAGCAGUGCAAGCAAGCCCAGGUGUGCAUUGUGGAGAAUGUGGCAAGCCCGUCCUCUCGUAUGCGAUGGGUGCUUGCUCUGUUCGGGGGGUUGUGUCUCUCCAAGAAGUUUGCGGCGUCGGCUGGCAAGCAUGGGCCUUUCUUGAAGUACGAGGCAGCCAGCGCGAAGAAGCGGGCGAUUUGGAUCAGUGAGUCCUUCCAGGCAAGCAUCCCUGGCAUCACCGAUCUUAUCACUGCUGCAUGCCGCAAGCCCGGAAGCCAAUGGACGCUGUUGCAAAGGGAAUCUGAAGUGACCACCACGCGUGGCAGCGUGAUUGUGCUCAUUGAGGCAGCUGACACAGCCAGAAAGCGCUUGUACAGAGGGCAGAAGAAAGCCGUGACAGCCAAAGAGUUUCUGAAAAUGAUUUCCGUGGUCGACAAAGUUGCCAGCCGCCUUUGCUGA